GCUUGUCAUCUAUUUACCUUUGAAAAGAAGGGGAGAAAGGAUUUGGCUGAAUGUGGAAGUCAUUCACUAAAAAGAAAAUUAUAAUAAUAAUAAUCUAACUCUGUAUAAGAGUAGCUAAAUUUCUAUAAUUCCAUCAGGUGCUUUCAGAUUUACAGAAUGAGUAAAAAGAUAUUGCUUACAUUAAGAAAUGGCUGCUGGUAGUACAAACAUGAAACCUGAAGACCCUGUCCUUUGUGCCAUCUGUUUGACUGCGUUCACUGACCUGGUGUCUACACCAUGUGGACACAACUUCUGCAAAAACUGUAUUGUGAGUCACUGGACCACGAGUAUCCACAUCCAGGUCAAUUGUCCCAUGUGUAAAGAGGUUUUCAACACAAGGCCUCAAAUGGAGAUCAACUCUUUGAUAUCGGAGGUGGUUUAUCUCUUUAGGCGAGAGGAGAAGCUGAGGUCAGAUGCCAUAGUUCAGCAGAUGAUCAAGGAAAGACAAGUGAAGAUUGAGGAGAUUAAGCACUCAGUGAAAAAGAGUAAACUUGAAGCAGACACAGAGAAAGAAAAAGGUGUUCAGGUCUUCUCAGCUCUGAAGGAGUAUGUGAACAGAGGCCUGACGCGGCUCCUCCGUGAGAUUGAGGACAAACAGAAGGCAGUAGAAGGAAAGGCUGAAUAUGUGAUUACAGAGCUAGGGGAGGAAAUCUCGGAGCUAAUGAACAGGAGCUCAGAGGAGGAGAAGCUCUCUCUCCCCGAAGACUGCCUCCAUCCCCACCUUCAUCAGAGCUUCUCUCUCCUGAAUGAUUCCCCACCCACACAGGACCAGACACAGGUCAACGUCUGCUCACCGACGUAUGAGGGGACUGUGGUCAAAGCAGUUGCUCAGCUAGAGGAGACAUUUUGUGAGCAGGCAAAAAAGAAGCUGAAGGAAGUGGAGAUAAAAAAGCUGCAGCAAUUUGCAGUGGACGUCACUUUUGAUCCCGACACAGCACAUCCUGCUCUAAUCCUGUCUGAAGAUAAGAAACAGGUGUACUGCGGUGAUGAGAAGAAGCAUCUUCCCGACAACACAAAGAGAUUUAACCCCUGUGUCAGUGUCAUGGGAAAGCAAAGUUUUUCAUCAGGCAGAUUCUACUAUGAAGUUCAGGUGAAAGGAAAAUCGGCCUGGGAUUUAGGAGUGGCCAGGGAGUCCAUCAACAGGAAGGGAAACAUCUCAAUGAGACCUCAGGAUGGUUACUGGACGAUUAUAUUGAUAAAUGGAAAUGAGUACUUUGCACUUUCUAAACCCUCCGCCCGGCUCUGUCUGACCUCUGCUCCUGAGAAGGUCGGGGUGUUUGUGGAUUAUGACAAGGGUCUAGUUUCUUUUUAUGACGUAGAUGCUGUGGCUCUGAUCUACUCCUUUACUGAUUGCUCCUUUACUGAAAAACUCCACCCAUUCUUCAGCCCGUGUGUUAGUGAAGAUGGUAAAAACUCUGCCCCACUAAUAAUUGGGGACAUUCAAUCUCAAGCAGUAGACUUCUAUAGAGCUGUAUCUCCGGCCAAGUCAUUUCAUCCCAAAUUGCUCCUUGAAUGGCAAUGAUAGUUACAAUAUAUGAUUAAAAAUGCUGCAAAUACAUGUUUUAUGUAUUUGAGUACAUUGGUUCGAAUGGGUUAAUAGAAAUCUGCUUGUUUCUCCAUUUAUAACACUGCACUGCAGCUCAGUGGGUUAAACAAUGCAGACAUGGUCAACGUCACAUUUAAGUGAAUAAACCUUAUUUAAAUAUUCCAUGUUUUUCUCCUUUUGUUGUGAUUUGUUCCAAUCUCAAGAGUGAGCCUGUAGAGAAGAGAGAGUGAGUCGUUUUAUCAGGAACACCGGCAGCAACAUUAUAAAAAAGGAGUUAUAAAAUAACUCAGAAGGCAAAGGUGAUCUGGCAGGUACAGGUAUUAAGCACAAUAUUGUUAACUUAUGUUUCUGCUUCAUUUAAUUUAAUGUUACUGUAAGAUAUCAUGUAAGAUACAUUUUUUAAUUCAACACACGUUUGACCAUAAAUGUCUUAUACAAAAUAAAACAUUGUUUUGAUG